AUGGGCUCUACGACCGUUCACAGGCCUGGGGAAGAUGAAUCUCAUCCUAUUGCCAUAGUCGGCAUGGCAAUGCGAUUGCCAGGAGGUGUGCGAUCUGCUGCCGACUUUUGGCAAUUGCUGAGCGAAGGACGUGAUGGAAACUGCGUUGUACCGGACUCGCGGUAUAGUGAGCAGGGUUUCUACUCAGAUUCCAUGGCACAUUCAGUCAGAAUGCAACGUGGCUAUUAUCUCCACGAGGAUCUAGAGACGCUAGACACUUCUUUCUUUGACAUCGAGGGUUUACAGCCCUCUCGGAUGGACCCACAGCAAAAGAUGCUGCUUCAGGUGGUAUGGGACUGUCUCGAAAACGCCGGACAAGUUGACUGGCAAGGAAAACCUAUCGGCUGCUUUGUCGGUACUUAUGGUGGAGAUUGGGAAGAGAUAGAAGUCAGGGAUCCUCAAAAUGCACACAACUUCCAUAUGAUCGGACAUGGAAAAUUUUCGCUCGCAAAUGUGAUUUCUUAUGAGUUUCAUUUCAAUGGCCCUAGUAUGACCAUUGAGACUGGCUGUUCUUCUUCCCUAGUUGCUCUACAUCAAGCUUGCCAGUCUCUUAUUUUGAAGGAUUGUUCUACAGCAAUUGUGGCUGGAUCUAACUUGAUCUUCACGCCCACGGUUGGCAUGCAUGGCUCGGGUCUAAGCGUAUUCUCCCCAUCUGGAAUAUCCAAGUGCUUUGAUGCGUCCGCAGAUGGAUACGGAAGGGGAGAGGCUGUUAAUGCAGUCUGUAUCAAACGAUUGAAUGACGCUUUGAGGGACGGAGAUCAGAUACGAGCUGUCAUCCGGUCCUCUAUGGUCAAUUGCGAUGGUCGAAGCCCUGGCAUCACUACACCCUCAGCUAAGGCACAAGAGAGAUUAAUACGGGAAACGUACAAGCGAGCCUUAAUCAGUGAUCUCUCGCAGACUGCGUUCAUCGAGUGCCAUGGUACCGGUACACUAGCAGGCGACCCCAUCGAAUGCUCUGCAAUUGCCAAGACCUUCCUCAAAGAAAUAUACAUCGGCUCGGUCAAGGCCAAUGUUGGUCACUCUGAAGGGGCCUCGGGGCUUACGAGCCUGAUAAAAGCUGUUCUGUCGUUGGAAAAUAGGCUAAUACCGCCCAAUAUCCAUUUCCAUCAACCGAAUCCAAGAAUUCCAUGGGAAAAUGGACGUCUGCGUGUUCCGGAGACGCUUACUGCGUGGCCUGAGAAUCGAAAAGAGAGAAUCAGCAUCAGUAACUUCGGUAUCGGUGGCUCAAAUGCACACGUCAUUCUUGAUUCCUCUUCAUCUUUCAUAUCCACCCCUUUGGUAAACAAUGAAGUACAAGAAUCAAAGCCUUUGCUGCUCGUUGUAUCGGCAAACAGCCAGGAGGCCCUGUUGUGUCGAGAACAGAGUCUGCUGAAGUACAUGAGCCUGCAUCCAAAUCGUCUAGGUGAUCUUGCAUAUACCCUCGGUGCUCGUCGUAAGCAUCUUUCACAUCGAGGAUUCUUAGUCAAUGCGAAUGCUGUAUCCCCGAAUGUGGGAGCCAUCAAGUCUUCCAUCGCCAGUCGAGCUCCUGACUUGACUUAUGUUUUCACGGGCCAAGGCGCCCAGUGGGCCGGUAUGGGUAGAGAAUUGAUGGAAUUCAAGAGCUUCUGCGAUGAUAUACGGUCCUUGGAUAUUGUGUUGCAGAGCUUGAGAAAGCCACCCUCAUGGAGUCUAGAAGUUGCACUUGCAGAUGCCAAUAUUGAGCAGAUAAAUACGCCUCAGCUUGCUCAGACUUUGUCUUGUGCAUUGCAGAUUGCGUUAGUAAAUCUCCUCGCGAAGUGGGGAGUCAAGCCCUCAACGGUUGUCGGCCAUUCGAGUGGUGAGAUCGCAGCUUCAUAUGCUGCAGGAGCACUUACAGCAGAGUCUGCAAUUGCUCUGAGCUACUAUCGUGGUCUGCUGGUAGAUGAACUCGGUAAUGAGGGAGCAAUGGCCGCCAUCGGCCUUGGCCGAGCGCAAGUUGCUUGCUAUCUACGGGAUGGCGUUGUCGUCGCUUGCGAAAAUAGUCCUAACAGUGUCACUCUAUCUGGAGAGUUCCAUCAAGUGGAUGAGGUGAUAAGCAAGAUCAAAACAGAUCACCCAAACGCACUGUGCAGAAUGCUUCGCGUCAAUAGAGCAUAUCAUUCAGAUUCCAUGACCGCCGCGGGCAAGGUAUACGAGACCAGCAUUCAAUCCUACAUCAAACCUCGGGAAAAUAUGAUUCCAAUGUACUCUACCGUGACGGGACAAACGAUUGUGGAUCCAAAAAAGCUCAAUGCCAGGUAUUGGGUCCAGAACCUUGUAUCUCCUGUUCUUUUCUGGGGCGCCGCCGAGUCCAUCAUGCAGGAUCAUCCCCGUUCGUUUUUCUUGGAGAUUGGUCCACAUUCUGCCCUUGCAGGACCACUGCGUGACGUUUUCAAAUCUUUGGCUGAUGCCAAGAAGGAAAUGUUAUAUGCUUCCUGCGUUAUUCGCGGGCAAUCCCAGGAAACAUCGCUCUUGACUGCAGCUGGAGAAUUGUUCCUUGAAGGCAUUGAGCUCGAUUUUGAGGCCAUCAAUGGACACGGAAAGAUCUUGACUGAUCUUGACCCUUAUCCGUGGCAAAGUGGACAGCAUGAAUGGGCCGAGAGCCGGAUAAGUCGAGAGUGGAGAUUCCGCAAGCAUGCUCACCAUGAGCUCUUGGGUUCACGCGUCGUCGAAUCGACGCAUCUUGAGCCCUCGUGGAGAAAUAUGCUACAUAUCGACGACGCUCCUUGGCUUUGGGAUCAUCGCAUCGGGGGAUCGACAGUGUUCCCUUGCGCCGGUUAUAUCGUUAUGGCCGGUGAAGCCAUGCGUCAGAUCACUGGGUGUAAAAGCUAUCGCUUGAGAAACCUUCGGCUUUCUAAAGCAUUGACCCUUGAUGAUCGUGGGCGAAUAGAGAUCUUCUCUAACUUCCGACCGGCUCGACAUGCCGAGGAGACUAACGGAGGGUGGUAUGAAUUCACCAUUUCCAGCUUCAGGAUGGGCUCGUGGGUGAAACAUUGUACAGGACAAGUGCGAAACGAGACUUCCUCGCCUUCUCCACGGGAUAUCAGAGGUCUGCCAAGACCUGUAGCCUCUCGUACUUGGUAUGAAGCCCUUAACGAGCGUGGGCUUGAAUAUGGACCAAAGUUCAGACUGCUCCAACAUAUAUCUGUUCACCCGACACAACUAUUAGCGACAGCCAGCUUAGAGAGAGAUGGAUCCUCUGAGAUUAUUGACGCUCCUACAAUCGACCAGUGCUUGCAACUUGUUGGGGUUGCCAUGUCUAACGGUCUGCCUCGAAGGUCUGAUGGAAUUGGAAUGCCUGUGUAUGUUCAGGAAGCCUUUGUCGGCAACACAGGACCCGACGUGUUCCUUGAGGCGACUGCAUCAGAAAAGACUAUGGGAGUGACCUCUGGCUCUGUAUUUUCACAGUGGGGGGCCAAGGUGGGUAUUAAAAUUGACGGCGUUGAGUUUAUGGGCUUCGAUAAAGGUUCAUCGGAAGAUGGCGAUCAGAAGCUGUGCUCAAAUCUUAGUUGGGCUCCGGACGUGGAUUUGUUGCCAGCAGGCUGCCUUCUCUCGCCCUCUAGUCCAGCCAAGCCCACAUUCGAUGAUACCUACGCUCCAAGACAACAAUUCUUUGAUAUGUGCAUACUUGAAACCGCACGACGGAUUGCUGAUUUGGAGCCCGCCUUGGAGCACCUACGCAAGUAUCAACAUUGGGUGAAUGCAAGAUCAGCUGCGAUCCUCAAAAACAUCCACUCUCACGUGCUACCUAAGGAUAGGGAGUUCUUGGAAGUGCCUAGAGAUAAAUGGGCCACAAUCAUGACCGGCCUUAAAUGGCAGAUCGAUGAAACAAUGCCCCUCAGCAGACAGUUCGCGCAACUCUCUUUUGUUGUCAUGGAAAACUGUGUCGACAUCGUGCAGGGAAGGUGCCAGCCUCUAGGUCUACUACUGGAAGAUGAUGGAUUGUCACAGCUUUAUGACACAGGUGACAGCAGAAAUUAUGAGAAAUUCUUGAGGCUCCUGGGCCACUCUCAAGCCGAUCUUAAGAUCAUCGAGAUUGGAGCGGGCACCGGAGCAACGACCGCAAAAGCCCUACGAUGUCUUCAUCCCGAAGGAAGGACGCGUCAGUAUUCGCGCUACGUGUUUACUGAUAUUUCCCCGGCCUUUUUCCAGCCAGCAAUGGAAAGAUUCAAAUCAUAUGAAGCAAUUGAAUUUGCGGUGUUAGACAUCAGUCAACCUCCAGUGGACCAAGAAAUCGAGUCCGGAAACUUUGAUCUAGUGAUUGCAUCGAACGUACUUCAUGCCACAUGCAGUAUAGGAGAGACUUUGAAAAACAUCAGAUCUCUUCUCAAGCCCGGUGGGCGGGUUUUGAUCGAAGAAAUUUGCUCUGGUUAG